CCGGUCUUACUUGAAAACAAAGAUGCAUCGACAAAAAUCGUUUUUAGUUCAAUCAUGUUUCCAAGUGCCUGUAGGCUAUAUUUGUUUUUAAAUUGAAAUGAUUUUUCAGGAAUAGUUAAAUAUGGUCUUUUCAACAUACUUCGGUAAUUACAAUCGAAGAUUGUUGAAAAAUGUUUCCCUAGUUUUAGUCCCCGUCAUUUCUGUCUCCUAUCUGUCAAUCAAAAAGAAGAGUAGUUUAUCCAAUAUACAAGCAGAAUCAUCAGGUCUCCCUCCUUUCAAGGUCCAGUAUCUUAUAAUUGGAUCGGGUCCUACAGCAUACUCGGCUUUACGAACCAUUCGCUAUCUUGAACCGAGUUCCAAAGUUUUGAUUGCUACUGACUCAAAAUAUUUGCCAUAUGAGAGAUACCCCUUAAACAUGGAAGCUUGGUUCACGGAUAACUUUUCGGAGACCUUUGAAUACGAAUCGAGGUUCCAAGCGUCCAAUAAGUUCUUGUUCUUCCAACCUGAAUCAUUCUACCUGUCUCCGACUGAUUUGGAAAGUGCCGAUGAAUAUGGGGCUCAGGCUUUACUUCUCAAACAUAAAUUUAGUCAAAUCGAUCCAGAGAAACAUUUAGCUCGUUUAGAAAACGGUGAUUCAGUUCAGUAUGAAAAGUGCCUGUUAGCUCUUGGAUCCAAGACUCCGACAUUGCCGACUAAGAUUCCAGCCUCACUUAAGAAAAAGUUCCACGUUUUGGACAACUUAGAUGAUUUCCAUAGUUUGACAGAGUCUUUAGCGAACUGUUCGCAUAUUGGAAUCAUUGGCGAUAAUUUGAAAGCGGUCGAGUUUGCAACUUGCCAAAGUUUGAUUUUCAACAAUGAAGUCAAACGUAAAGUUACUCUAACUUGCUCUGGUAAGUUUUUGGCCGACUACUUACCGCAAAUUGUGAUCGACUGGCUUAAACCCGAGAUUGAAAAACUUGGAGUGAAAAUAAUUGAGAACGCAAAAGUAGGAAACCUGGUAGUUUCAAACCAAUCUGGAAAACUGAAAUUGAAUUUUGGAACAGAAUCGUUUUGUUGUGACAACGUGGUUAGUAUGUUACCCCGUAUCGCUAAUUCAGAGCUAGCUAAAAACAGUGCCUUAGAAACAGAUUCUGAUAAUUUGGAUACUAUAGUCACUGAUUCGACCUUGAAAGUGAGAAGCGAUCUAUAUGCUGCAGGAUCCUGCGUGUCAGUUUAUCAUCCUAUGUUUAGAUCCAGACUAUCUUUCGAUUUCCCAGAUCACUCAGUUAUGUCCGGCAGAUGGGCUGCUCUAAAUAUGAUUGGAAAAGUGAUGCCCUAUUUUAAACUGCCUAGACAUUUUGCAGAUUUCGGCGAUGAUUUGGGCUUUGAUGGAGUUGGUUUGAUUGACCCUAAAUUAGAAACUCAAGUCUAUUUUGCUCAUAGGUCGAAAACUGAACAGAAUGAAAACACUGCAGAUACAGAGCUUGAAAAUACUGAAACUUUGGAAUCAAAAGUAGACAGCAAAUCAACUGAAAUAGAAGCUGGAAAUGUGACAGACAAGGAAGAAAUCGAAACCAAUCAAGAAUAUACGAACAUGGAAAGCAAAACGACGCAAAAUCAAAAUCCAACCGCAUCGACUGAAGUUGAAGAAAAGAGUAAUAUUGAUGAUGACCCGAUAGCAAGUUGUGCUGUUGUGUACAUAAAAGACGGAGUUGUUGUAGGAGUAGUGACUCUUGGUUCGUUCGGUCGAAUGUUCAUAGCUGAGAAUAUGAUUUCACGCAAGGUGAAAAGUGAGGAUGUUUAUGAGUUUGUGCCACUGUUGUUGACUACAAAGUUCUCGAUUAGAAAGCCGAGUGACGAGGAUGAAGAUGGCAUGUUUUGAACUUUGAGUUCUGUUUAAAUUGUAUCAAAAUUUAAAUUUAAAAUGAGAGUUUUUUCUACGGCGGCGAGACUCGGACGAUGAUUUUGAAAUACUGUCUUUAUACGAUCGAACUAAGCUAAUCUGCACUGAAUUUUCAAUAUUUAAAUGAUUAAAUAAAUGUAUUUCCCACAAAAUUACUGUAGUUGCUAAUUUUUGCUAAAAUUUCUACCACAAGAGUGCUUUGGGAGAGAAAUUUGGCAAUGCAGGAAAUAUCGUGACUAGUUCAUGACAAAAUUUAUCUUGAACAACUCAGAGAAAUGAAACCACCAGAAAACUAGUUUUUCCUUGGUUUUAGUGGUCUUAAAUUGAAAACUCGACUUAAAUCCACAGUGUUCACACAGGAG